AUGUUUGCUGCGUUGCAGGGCAGGGCGUGGGGGAGGGCCCGAGGAAUUCCUAGUUUGUUUGUUUUAGCCGUCCGCACGGUGAAAGUCACCCUGUCUACCUGGCCUCCACCUCUCCACCCAACAAGAAAGGAGCUCGCACACCGAGGCAAGGACCACCUCCCGGGGGAGCCCCCCGGCGUUCCGGGGACCUUUCCAUUUCCUCCCCGCGUCCCCGUUAAGAACGAGUACGACAAACGCCAGGCGUGCCAAUCAACUUCACACGCGCGGCCCCGAGCGCUCUGGGACCCCCGACCCGGGACCCACGCCAACCGGCCGAAGCCGGGCCGGCCGCGCCCCCUCGCUAGCCACCGCCCCUCAGGCUGCAGCCCCGCGCCUCACGCACCCUGGCCCUCUCCCUCCCGCUCGGCGCCCGGCCGCGGCCUCCGCCCGACCUCCGCGUCCCCUCACCGCGGUCCCGGGCCGGCCGCCGCCACCCAGCCGCGGGCUAACUUGCUGCCCUCCGCCCUGGCCUCGGCCAAGCCCCGUGUCAACCCGAAGCGGAGCGGGCGGGAGGCGGAGGCGGGGCAGCGGCGACGCGAGGCGGGAGGAGCCAGGGGCGGAGCAGCCCCUCGGCUAAUCAUUCCGGCCUCUCGGGAUUUACCCGGCCCUCCGGCAGCCGCUCCUCAAAGGCCGCUCAGCCCCGAAGCUCCGCCCCCGGCAUGCCUGCGCAGCCGCAGUGCGCUCGGCUCCUGGGCUCCGAGAGAGGCCGGCGCCAGCCUGGGCACUCGGCCAGCUGGCUUUAAUAAAAUGGAAACAGAGGCAGACAACCAUUUCAAAGUUUGGUCUUCCUGCUCCAGUCAGGUGGUCGGCCUUGUCUCUGAGAUUCAGUGUUCCAGCGUCUGUGUGUCUCUUAUACUUCCUUCAUCUUCAUCUCUUGCGGUGAGGCGUAUUCCCAAGGCCACAAAGCCUGUGUCCUUCCCUAGGAUCACCUGGGCUAAGGGUUAACACAAAGCAACCAAACCAUUAGCCUACUGAGGUAGCUGUUACAAUGUGGACGUGCAGCUUCUUUUCCAUGAUAGGAAGUUCAAAUGUGGCCUUACAAGAUUUGAAAGUGUCCCAUGUCUUCCUCCUCUCCCUUAUCAACAUGUGAGUGUUCAAUAAAAUUCAGUUUUCAUUGUU